AUGGCAGCCAUGAACUGCCAAUUCGCAGCUUGCAUCGAAUUAGUGAAGAACGAGAAUAUGACAGGUGCAAAACGCACAGGCGACGGACAUGUUGCGUCAAACGGGCAGUGGGCUUGCUGGCGUCGAGAAUCCCCACCUGCGGAGGGGAGUUGUGGAGAGAAGACUGCAAGGGGCUACGGCGGUGAACUUUGUACUCCGAGAGAGUUCGAAAUCCAUCGACAAUCUCACAGCGACCGCCAGCGUGAGAUUCGCAGAGGCGACACCGAAAUUGGCGCGUUUCUGAAUGCCUGUGCUUCCGAUGGACCUCGAAGAGUCGUCGUGCAGGCGGCGACUUUGCUGUCGCAGUGGGAGGAGCACUCAUCCGAUGGCGGUGGUGCACCGUCGGACAUUCGUACUUUCCAGGAUGCGUUGCGCAAAUUCCCUCCGCGGACAGACAAAGAUGGCGUCGCGCCAGAAGUGAAAGACGUCGUCUGCCGCGAUUGUGAAGCUGUAUUUUCCUCGACCUUUAUCCAGAGGGGUUACCGAGUCGAAAAAAGAUCCGUCCCUAUUGACGGUCAUCCACUUCGAGUUCCCUGUGGAAAAUGUACAGAAGUCUUCUCUGACGAUGAGGCAAAAGACGCCCACGAAAACUUGCAUCAAACACACAACUUGAUAUGUCUCCAAUGUGGGCGUAAUUGCGACACUCCAUAUGAGCUGAAACUUCAUUAUGAUUUUCAUGAUGACAUGGAAUUUCGCCAACUUCGUGAGGAGGCAAUAGCGACCAGUCAUAGAAGAACUUCAAGCGAUCCGCACGGCAAAUACCACCACUUCACAACAUCAAAAAUCUCCUCAAGUGCCUCGGAAAUGGCCAUCAAGAGACUGGGGAAAAGAAGCUCCAAAAAAAUCCUGAGCUCAUGGCAUUUGAGAAAAUAUGGUCACGGUGACGACGGCGAACUAGUGGCAAUUGGCUUUUCCCUUCCGGAACACUUGGAAAGAGUGCAUGCCCCAGACGGCGUGAUUCAGGAAGUUGAACCAAACGCUGUUGUUGACUUUCCUUUGGCGCAAUUUACCACCUGGCUAGACAUGCAAGAUCCAAUUACGCCUGAUACAGAUGACAAGUUUGUUGCCACAACACUGUGUAAAGAUGAUGAGGAGAAGUGUCUGAAAGAGGCAGGUGACUCUACCAACGAAGCUUCAAAGGAUCCGAAAGCCGAAACGGAAGACAAAAGGCCUCGAAGGCACUCAUUGCUCCGAGCGGUACUCGGUUUCAAACUGCCGAAAAGGCUGUCACGAUCAGAAUCGUCUGGGGGAAACCAACCAAGAAAACUACUGAAAAGAGAAAACGCCGUCCGAUUCUCCUUCGUAUCGAAAGGGAACAAGAAUGGAAAUACCUCGACGAGAAGUGAAAGCCGUGCCAGCCGCAGAAUGAGUGAGCAACUGGACGGCAGAAAGUCGCCAGGCCCCAACUUGCCCGCAAACAUUCCCGCAACUCGGGAUGGUGAACAUGAAAGGCCCGGCGAGUCCGAUCGCGGCCCCUUCAUUCACAUCCGUAUAACUUCAGACGGAGCUGUGGUCGAAGAUGUCUCUGGGCGUCAGCGUAUACUCCAAAUGGAGCAGGUAGCUUACAUAUACUCGAUAAUCAGUAGUGGCUUCUCUUCAGCGGGGACGAGGUCGAAAAUCGGCGCUUUGCAAUCUCGAGCUGAGAUGAAUCUCCAACAGGACCACCCGAAAACGGCGAUUACUGCAUAUCGCGACAUCCUAGACAUCCUCCAGCAAAACCCAACCAUGGACAUUGACCUUUCGUUAAGAGCAGGAGUGCUGCAUCGGUUAGGUUAUGCAUAUAGCAGUCUUGGCCUGGCAGGAGAGUCGGAGUCAUGCUAUCUGGAAGCAUUGGCUAUAUACCGAAGGGCAUAUGGCCGGGACUAUGCGACCAAUUUUACCAUUCUGAACGACCUGGCGAUCCUGUGCGAACGGGAUGGAUAUGCAACGGAGGCGGCGGCACUAUAUGAGCGUGCUCUCGCCGGUCGUUUGAAGGUCCUUGGGCAGCACUCUCCAGAGACCUUGAACAUCAUGCAGGAACUGGCCAAGAUCAAGAUUAGUCUCGGAGACUUGGAAUCCGCACUCGUUCUGUUUGAGGAGGUGGUUCCCUCAUUCGAAGCCGUCCUCGGACUUCAGAACGAGAGUACGCUCAAUGCAAUGAACAGCCUGUCUAUGCUGUAUCAGAAGCUUGGCAUGAACGACAAAUCCCUCGCCAUAUCGCGGAAGAUGCUUCCCCAUUGCAGGAUCGCGGUAGGCCUCGACAGUCCGUUGACCCGGAUUACCGUUGCUCGAUACGUGCAGGAAUCGGACAACUUUGACUUUCCACCGGAGGUCAAGCAGGUUCUGGACCACUACCGCCGUUCGCGGUCGGCUGACAACUUGCGAGUUCUCCAAGGGUUGGGCCGAGCGUACAUGAGUGCGGGACUGAACAGAGACGCAUGCGAGCUCUUCGAGACUCUCUUCGAAGAGCUCAGUGCCAUCAAGGGGCCCGACUCGCUCGAAGCGUUCGACGCCCUCAGCGGGCUCUGUGUCUCGCUGGAAUAUCUCGGGUCCCUGGACAAAGCGAUCCAGUCGUACGGAAAGCUUCUACAGCUUGCGCACAAGACGCCUGCUGACCACCCGGCUCGGGGUCGAAUGGACUACGCUCGCAAACGAGUGACGGACCUCAUCCACCGACGGGAGGUUCUCACGGCGGAACGGAGAGCGUGGGGCUUGUUCGAGGAAGGGCCGUGUGUUACAUGUCAAGCCAAUACGUCUUGCUUAUGCAACACAUGCCAUAUUGUCCGCUUCUGCAGCGAAGCCUGCCACGAGCUAGGUCGCGAAGCGCAUCAACCAUCCUGCAUCCCGUCAGUCACGCUCCGCGAGUCGAAAUCCGUCGCCAUCACGCCGAGAUGUCCAUCGCCGGUGCAGAAGGACGCGGUCAGCAUGAUCGUGCCCAGCGAGCAUAACGGCGGCGCCGUCCCGGGCAUCACGGCAGGUCACACGGUGUACCUGGAUCCGCGCAACUUCACCACAUUCCGGAUGAAGCUGAGCUCCACGGUGAACACACUGCUCAUGUUCUCCACCGAAGCGGACAUCCGCUACACAGUCGUCGGCAACCUCUCCGAGUCGGACUCUACCGCCGUGGUCCCCGCCAUCGUCACGUCGCGGAACGCGAAGAAUCUCUUCCCAGCUACCACAUCCUCAUCAAGUCCGCAACCGCAACGGCUCCCAGGCGACUGGCUCACACCAUCGAAGCAAGAGUCCGUAUGCAUCACGCCAAUGGCGCCCUCGGCACCGAUCUACCUAAUCGUCGCACCGGGCGAGAAGAUGAUGAAGACGAUGGUGGAAAAGCGGGUGAAGGCGGGCGGCGGCGGCGGCGAGAAGGAGCGCUUCGAGGCGCUGACGGUGCCGAACGAGGAGCUGAUUGAGUAUUCUCAAGGGUUGCCGUUGAAUGGGUAUAUGGGGGAGGCGUUUUUGUAUAUUGUGGAGUGGGUGUGA